AUGGAUUUUGAAAAUAGAGAAGAUAAAGAUGGUGUUAGAUUAUCAUGGUCUUCUUUGCCGAGAUCGAAAUUACAGCAUCAAAGAAAUGUUAUACCAUUUGGUUCAUUAUAUACACCAUUGAAUGAUAAGAGUGCAAUUGAAUGUUUUGAUUCUUCUCAUCUUGUUAGUUGUCGAACUUGUAGGUCUAUUUUAAAUCCAUUUGUACAUGUCAAUAAUCAAAUAUGGACUUGUCAAUUUUGUAAUUUUUCAAAUCAACUACCAAUUACCGCAAAUGAAGAAGGAGAGACUAUUUUACCUAUUGCAAUAAAUCCUGAAUUAUCCACUAUAGAAUAUGAAACAGGAAGAGAAAGUCUAUUACCACCAAUAUUUUUUUAUGUUGUUGAUGUAUGUUUUGAAGGUGAAGAUGUUGAAGUUGCCUUUUCGCAAUUAAAAGAAAAUUUGAUCAUAUCAUUAAGUCUUUUGCCAGAAAAUGCAUUAGUUGGAUUUGUCUCAUUUGGUAAACAUGUUAAAGUUCAUGAUUUGACUUCUCAUGAUAAUUUGAGUUAUACUUUCAAUGGGAGUAAAACUUAUGCAUUAGAACAAGUUCAACUGGCAUUAGGUUUACUAGGUGGUGGUGUAAGUGCUGCUGGUUUACAACAAGCUCAAAAUCAAGAUAAUUUAUUCAGUCCAUCUGCUAGACGUUUUUUACAACCUGUAAAUAUGGUUGAAUAUGAAUUAACAAAUAUCAUUGAAAAUAUGGUUCCAAAUGCAUUUUCACAUAGUGAGUUUAAAGAAAGAGCUGAUAGAGCUACUGGAAGUGCAAUAAAUGUAUCAACAUUAUUAUUAAAAUCUAUUCUUGGAGAUGGUCAUCUUACUGGAGGUCAUUUGAUGGUGUUUCUAGCUGGUGUUUGUACAAUUGGACCAGGAAAAAUAGUGGACAAAUUAUUAAAAACUCCAUUAAGAUCACACCAUGAUAUUGUUAAAUCACAAUCUGCAACAUAUAUUAAAGCACCAACAACAUCAUCUUCAUCUAGUACAAAAUCAGAUACUGCAUUAUUUAAAGGUGCUAAGAAGUUUUACGCCGAUAUUACCAAAAUUUUAGUUACUUUGGGUCUCAGUUGUGAUAUAUUCAUUGGUAGUUAUGAUCAAGUUGGAUUAUUUGAAAUGGAAGAACUAUGUUGUAAAACCGGAGGUGUAGUUGUUAUGAGUGAUUCAUUUAGUACUGCAAUUUUUAAACAAAGUUUUACAAAAUUCUUCAAAAAGCAAGAGACUGACUCCGAUACAGAAGAUUAUCUCGAUAUGGGAUUUAAUGCAACAAUUGAAGUAAAAACAUCUUCAGAUUUGAAGAUUGAAGGAUUAAUUGGAAACGCAACUGCAUUACCAUACAAUAAAUUGAUACCGUCAAACGAAAAAAUGAUUAGUGUUACCAAGGAAAUUGGAGAGUCGAAAACAAAUUGCUGGAAAUUAUGUAGUGUGGAUCCUCAAUCUACUUAUGCCAUAUAUUUUGAAAAAUUAGACAGUUCAAUAGCUACAACAGGAGCAUAUUUACAGUAUUUAUUUCAUUAUCAACAUCCUAGUGGGAGAAUGAGACUUAGGGUGACAACAAUUCCAAUCAAUAUAAUUCCAGAUUCAGAUAGUGUUCAAUUAGAAUUAGGUUUUGAUCAAGAAGCAGCAUUAGUAUUGAUAGCUAGGGAAGCAGUUCGUAAAUUACAAACAGAUUUACAUCUUAAAGUAACAUCAAGUGAGGCACUAACCAAACAGUUAGAUCAGUCAUUGAUUGAUUUUUGCUCGAGGUUUGCUGUUUAUAAUAUUGGUGUUAUGGAAUCAUUUAGAUUAUCAAAUUCAUAUUCACUAUUCCCACAAUUUUUAUAUCAUUUGAGAAGAUCCCCAUUUAUAAAUGUUUUUAAUAGCUCACCAGAUGAAACAAGUUAUGUAAGACAUAUUUUCAUGCAUGAGGAUUUAGCAAAUUCAUUAUUAAUGAUCCAACCUACAUUAUUAUCCUAUGACAUUAAUACAUGGAAUUCAGAAGUUGAUGAAGACUCCGAAGAUAAUGAAAACGAACCAAUACCAGUGUUGUUGGAUUCAAUGAGUUUAGGACAUUCUAAGAUUUUAUUAUUGGAUACUUUUUUCCAAAUUUUGAUUUAUCACGGUUCACAAAUUGCUGAUUGGAGAAAAGCAGGAUAUCAUGAACAAGAAGAUUACGCAUAUUUUAAGAACUUCUUAGAAGCUCCUAAAAGAGAAGCUUUAUUAGUACUCACUAAUAGAUUUCCAUUACCAAGAUUUAUUGAUUGUGAUGAAGGUGGGUCACAAGCAAGAUUUUUAAUGGCAAAAUUAAAUCCAAGUACAAGUUAUGCAACUAAUGUUAAUCAUUUUUAUGGUUAUAGUAGUGAUAGAUCUAAUACAGACAUAUUUAGUGAUGAAUCAAGUUUUCAGAUGUUUAUUGAUCAUAUUCAAAGAAUCGUCACCUCCAAAAAAUAG